ACUACUGAACUGACCUAACUUCCGGUCAAGGUUUUGUUGUGUUUUGUUUUGUGACCGGAGUGUAAAUAGUGUUUGGACAUUCGUCUGGUCUGCAAUUCAAAAUUCGAACGAAUUGCAUUCAAUUACGUUUGGAUUUAGGAUGUGAUACCAAUGGAUAGAAAUAACAUAGUACCAUAUACCCUAAAUUACGCUGAAUUCCUGUAAAAGAAAGAAAAAUGGAAUCGGAAGGUCAGCCAAAAGACAGUUCCCAAACUGUAUCAGAUUCCCCUCAAGAAGGUGUUAUUUCAUCAAAGAGUGAAUCAGAAAACCAAAGUGACAAUGCCCCUGCCGUCUCAAGCUCAAGUGAAGGAGGGGCCACUUCGGCAUCAACCAUGGACCCUGCACAUCUUCAAUAUGAAGGAGAUGUUUGCAUAUAUACAGACCCUGAAACUAAAUAUCAGUUCCAAUGGGAUGCUUCCUCAGAACAGUGGACACCAAGAGCACAGCAGCAAAAAAAUCCUGAAUCAGGCGAUAAAGAUAUGAAGCCUCCAGGAGAUCAAAAUUAUGAAUUUGAUGGAGAGACAUACAUUUAUACUGACGCUGCAUCAGGUAUCAAAUAUAAAUGGGACAAAUCUAAAAAUCAGUGGACCUCCGGAGCAAAGCAGAGGCUGGAGAAGCCUAAAGGGAAAAAAAAGACGGAUGAAGAUGACGUCGAGGAACAUGACACUGAUGAAGAAGAGGAUAAAGCAAAGACGGUUGUUCGCCAGGAUAUGUCAAGUGGCCACUAUGAUUAUGAUGGCCAAAAUCAUACAUACACUGACCCAAAAGAUGGAGCAGUUUACUUUUGGGACCGAGAUAAAAAUGCCUGGUUUCCAAAAGUUGAUGAUGAUUUCAUGGCUCGCUAUCAGAUGAGUUAUGGGUUUGUAGAAAAUAAAACAGAAAGUACUGAUAAAGAAGAGCAAAAAAUUGAUGAAAAACCUAAACCUGAUGCUAAGCGCAAGGCUCCAGAACCCCCUCAGUGGUUUGAUCUUGAUGGACGCAGUAACACCAAAGUGUAUGUUAGCAAUUUGCCCUUGGACAUAACAGAACAAGAGUUUGUAGAUCUGAUGCAAAAAUGUGGUCUUGUUAUGAAAGAUGCUGACACCAAUAGGAUGAAAGUUAAACUUUACCAUGAGCCAGGAGACACUAAAAUCUUAAAGGGGGAUGCUCUCUGCACUUACAUUAAGAGAGAAUCAGUAGAACUAGCCCUUAAAAUUCUAGAUGGUUAUGAAGUUAGAGGAAAGCAAAUUAAAGUGGAGGUUGCAAAGUUUGAAUUGAAAGGAGAGUAUGAUCCAACUAAGAAGCCUAAGAAAAAGCGUCGUAAGGACAAAGAAAAAAUUAGGAAAGCUCAAGAAAAGUUAUUUGAUUGGAGGCCAGAUAAAUUGAGAGGAGAACGAUCCAAACAUGAAAAAACAGUUAUUAUUAAAAACUUAUUUGACCCUGAGAUAUUUGAUACAGAUGUUGGUCUUAUUUUGGAAUUUCAACAAGAUUUACGUGAAGAGGCAUCUAAGUGUGGGGUUGUGAAGAAAGUAAUAAUCUAUGAUAGACAUGUUGAUGGUGUAGCUCAAAUAAAUUUUAAAGAGCCAGAAGAAGCAGAUGCCUGUGUUCAGCUCUUUAAUAAUCGAUGGUUUAAUCAGAGGAGAAUCACUGCUGAAACAUGGGAUGGGAAAACAAAAUACAGGGUCGCAGAGACUCCUGAGGAAACUGAGGCUCGCUUGGCAAAAUGGAGUAAAUUCUUAGAGUCUGAGGAAGGCAAGAAAUCCCAACUAAUCGCCAAUAAUAAUUCAGGAAUGGAUGUGGGUAGUGGUAAUGAUCAAGAUUCUGAUGAUGAAGAAACACAGGAAAGUACAGUUAAGGAAGCAAAACCCAGCUCUUAGAGAUCUCUUAAUUGACCUUAUCUAGGAAAUACCUAAUACUGACUUUCGCAACAUUAUUUGUUCUGUUGAAUCAAAACACAUCUAUUUAUUCUAAUCGUCUUUCCAUAUCUUUUGAGCAUUCCAGUAAACUUUGCCCUCUAUUUAAUUUUUAUGUGUCUUGGCAUUUGAGAGCUUAAAGAUUUUGCUAAUUUUGUGCAUUUUAUGAAUUUUGUUGCAUGUGCUAUCACCCCAUACAUUAUUUGUUAUUGGUUUUUGAUUUGUAAUUGUUUCCAUGUGUUUCUGUUGAAUGCUGUACUGUUGAUCUGUGAACAAAUUAAAGAAGAAACUCAGCAAAAGAA